AUGACAUCCACAGGCAGAAUCCCCGUCUCAGUCGUAAUACAACAUUCCUCCCCAUCAGACUGCUGGAUCGUCGUCAACGGCAAAGUCUACGACCUCACCAAAUUCGCCCCCAACCACCCAGGCGGCGCACACAUAAUCCACAAAUGGGCCGGCCGAGACGGCUCAUCAGCCUACAACGACUUCCACGCCGCCGACCUAAUCGAAAACGAACUCUCCACAGAAGAAAAGAAAGGCGCCCUGGAUGAAUCCACCAUCGACGACGCCUGGCGCGAGAGCUCACAAGACAAAUCCUCCCCUUCCCCUCAAAACAUCUCGAACAUGAACGAAAAACCUCCCCUCUCGACCCUCAUCAACCUGCACGACUUCGAAGAAGCCUUCGGCCGCUUCGGCUCCCAAAAGGCCUGGGCGUACACCUGGGCCGCCUCCAACGAUCUCAUCUCCCUGAACCUCAACAAAUCCUGGUGGUCCAAGAUCCUCUUCCGCCCCCGCAUCAUGCGCGAUGUCUCCGCCAUCAACACCAAAGCCACCAUGCUCGGCGCCGAAGUCAGCAUGCCCGUCUUCAUCUGCCCGAUGGGCAUCGCCAAAACCGCCGGUCCAGAAGGCGAGAUGGCACUGGGUUCCGGCGCCGCAAACGCAGGAAUCGUGCACUGCAUGAGCACCACGGCGUCCUUCUCCGCCGAGGAGAUCCUGACGAGCGUCCCGCCAACAUACCCCUACUUCUUCCAGCUGUACGUCGACCGCACCCGCUCCAAAACCGAAGCCCUCCUGUCCCGCCUCGAGGCCUUCGCGAACAUCAAAGCCAUCUUCGUCACCGUCGACCUCGCCGUCGUAUCCAAGCGCGAAGCGGACGAACGCCUCGUCGUCUCCGAGCAAGUCUACACCUCCUCCGACGGCCAAGUCUCCGGCGCGGACAAGAAAGGCGCGGGGCUCGCCCGUACGACGGGGAAUUUCAUCGACUGGAAACUCUCCUGGAGUGAUAUCCCCUGGCUGCGCCGACACACCACCAAACCCCUCGUUAUCAAAGGCGUCCAAUCCGCCGUGGACGCCAAACUCGCCCUCGAGCUCGGAUGCGCGGGUAUCGUGGUGAGUAACCACGGUGGGAGGGCGCUGGACGGCGCGCCAGGGACGGUGGGGAUUUUAUUAGAACUCCGCCGAGAUUGUCCGGAAGUCUUCGACCGCAUGGAAGUUUUCGUCGACGGGGGCGUGCGCAGAGGCAGCGAUAUCCUCCAAGCCGUCUGUCUCGGCGCGAGGGGCGUCGGUGUCGGCAGACCGUUCCAGUGUAGCGUUAUGUAUGGCAAGGAAGGGGUGGAACAUGCUGCGUUGCUUCUGCAAGACGAACUCGAAACCGCGAUGCGGCUGUGCGGCGUGACGGAUCUGGGGAAAGUCAGAGGGGAUCUCUCGUACUUGAAUACGGUCGAGUUGGAGCGGUUUCUUCCUCCGAGGCCCAGUUGGAGCUGGAAGUCGUGGUUUGGGGCGAGGCAGUCGAAGUUGUAG